AUGAAAAUGCCACGACAUCCUUACAAGCAUUGGAUAUCAGGGCUGGCACUUCAUCUCAGUACAUUCGAAGCAAUACCAGAUCAGCUAUUCACCAAGCUAUUCCAGCUGAAUCUGGAGAUACUCUCCUUGAGUCAUGUGGACAUCAAUGAAGGAAGUGUGCAACUCAAGCAAUUCCUUAGUCUUCAAUUGAGUCAAGGUAUCGCUGAAAUCCACAUGCACCAAUGUACGGCUCAAGUACUGUACUCAUUAUUGAUGGCCAUUCAAGAUCGAAUGCGCCCUCAUCUCCAUACCCUAUGUAUAAAUCAAUGCUACUUGUCAGAUCAUCACAUUAUACCUCUGGUCGGCCACUGUCCAGGUUUGAAGACUCUGAAGCUUCAUCAGUGCGGUUGUUUAUCAGAUGAAGGGUUGAUCGCUAUAGCCAACCGUUGCAAAUUAUUGAACACUUUGAUAGUGACGCUACCGCCUACCAUCAUACAAUCAAAUACCAUCACAACGAGAACAUUGGAGGCAUUGAACGCUAAUUGCCUGAUGCUGAGAUCGUUUGUUUGUGGCGGCCAAAUACGAAUCACAGAGCACAUUACCCAAGAACCUCAACAAUCGUAUCGCUUUGUCAUCACCACCAACACUGAUCAUCUGCCUCCUUUUGGCGUAGGCGAAUAA